AUUUUUUCGGGGCGUGGCGGGCUGUUUCUUCGGCACCCGCAAACUUAAACCGAAGAUAGCAAUUACCGGUCAAGAUGAAUCGAAUACAGGGUGUAGUCUGGAUGCUAUAAAUUCUCACAGGCCGUAUCGUCAUUUUCCAAGCUUUAUUUACUAAUCUUUUUGCUCUCUUGGUCGGAAUUGUGUGAGAAACAAACCAAAGCGAGUUUUACGGAACGGAUACCAAUUAUUUGGUACAGGGGCGAAGACAUCCAUGGCUACGAAGCUUUCUAGAAUGGUGAUGAGGAGUUUGCAGGUGCGGCAAGGCCUUUUCCGCAGUAAUGCCAAUUUUAUCAUGGGUCGCAGUUAUAGCAGCGCAACGCCUGCUUUGAGAUUUUACAAUAGCAGGGCUGUUGUGUAUGGUGAUUGUUUUUCGUGGAAGAUGGGAGAUGAAUUGGGUAGCGGGGUGAGUCGUCUGCAAGGCUCUCUCGGCUAUGGCAGUUGGAAAGCCUCAUUUAGAUCGCAGAGCACGGUUGCGGGAAAAGCUGUGAUAGAGGACAUAGACACUGAGGAGAAGAGUGUUGUUAAACAGCAGGGCAGUGCGGUGAGUGAGCCUCCGCAGUAUAAUGAGGAGGAUUUAAAUGCGAAAGAGUUGGUGCGCUCCAGUUAUUGGGGGCUGUCUCCUGGUAAGCCCGCUCGGGAAGAUGGAUCGUUGUGGCCGUGGAAUUCCUUCAGGCCUUGGGAGACAUACACUCCAGACUUGAGCAUAGACCUGUCGAAGCAUCAUGUUCCAAAGACAUUUACCGACAAGUUUGCUUAUUGGACUGUAAAGGCGUUGAGGUUUCCUACAGAUGUCUUUUUUCAGAGGAGAUAUGGUUGCCGUGCCAUGAUGCUUGAAACUGUGGCUGCUGUACCUGGGAUGGUAGGAGGAAUGCUCCUACAUUGCAAGUCACUGAGGAGAUUCCAGCACAGUGGGGGAUGGAUUAAGGGUCUUUUAGAGGAAGCAGAGAAUGAGAGAAUGCACCUGAUGACAUUUAUGGAGGUCGCAAAGCCUAGAUGGUACGAGAGAGCCUUAGUGUUUACAGUGCAAGGAGUGUUCUUCAAUGCCUACUUUCUCCUCUACUUAGUUUCCCCCAAGCUUGCGCACAGGAUUGUGGGUUACCUUGAAGAAGAAGCCAUUCACUCGUACACUGAAUUCCUUAAGGAACUGGACAAUGGCAACAUUCCAAACGUGCCUGCACCUUCCAUAGCUAUAGAUUAUUGGAGGCUUCCCAAGGAUUCAACUCUCAGGGAUGUGGUUGUGGUAGUCAGGGCUGAUGAAGCUCACCAUCGCGAUGUCAAUCAUUUUGCAUCAGAUAUUCAUUACCAGGGGAAAGAGUUGAGAGAGGCUGCAGCUCCACUUGGAUACCAUUAACUGUCCUGAUGGCUUCCAUCAAAUCUCCAAAUAAAACCAUGAAUAUGCUUUUCAAUCUAAUGCAAUUUAGUGUGCAUAUUUGAUCAGGUCUUGUUUUGACUAGCAAAAUCCAAUUAGAGUACUAAAAUAUAUUCCUGUAAAGUUGUUUCUAGUCUAGCAUGAUAUGCCGUAUGUUUUUCGUUGCAUGAGAAUUGUAUGCUAUAUAUGAAGCAGUGCGAUUCAAGAAUAAGUAAGGCUAAUGCGAAAAUACGGAUUCUUUAUAACCGCGAUUGGAUUGUAUUUUUUCAUCAAUUGAAUAACAUUUUAGAUAUCUCUCAA